AUGACUGUAAAAGGCUUAGAUCUGAAGUAUGCAUAUAUUUUUUCCACACUCACAGGUAUGGAUCUUUCAAAUAACCAAUUAAAUGGAAAGAUUCCGUGGGAUUUUGGAAAGUUGAAGGGGUUAAGGUAUCUCAAUCUGUCAAUGAAUAAUCUCAGUGGAAUUAUUCCACCCAGUUUGGGGGAUAUGACUGAACUAGAGUCACUGGAUCUUUCAACAAAUAGGCUUUCUGGAAAGAUUCCUGAAGAAAUUGAACUGGCGACUUCAUUGGCGGUCUUAAAUUUGUCCUACAACAACCUCUCAGGCAGCAUACCUCAAGGACAACAAAUGACCACAUUUCCAAACACAUCAUAUUCUGGGAAUCCAUAUCUGGAAGGAUGCCCACUUCCAAAGAAAUGUUCUUGGCCAGAGUUUACUCACCAUCCUCCCCCAAAUGAUAUGGAAAACAGAAAUGCAGAUCAUAGAAAGCAUAUAGUAUGGUAUUAUAUUGGAGUAGGAUUGUCACAUGUAGCAGGUUAUUGCUGUGAGAUUAUGAAGGUUCAAUUUGCCAACAAGAUGAAGCAGAAGUAUGCCCAACGCUGGAUGCUUGAGGUUGCUUAUUCAAAUUCAUUAUAUUCUGUAUUCUCAAAGUCUAGUAUUAAGAUUGUACGGAAGUACUCUAACUCAAACAUUGAUGUCCACAUUUUUAACCAGAGUCAAUACCCAUGCAUGGUUGCAGAGGAUCUGACACCUUGGCCAAGUAAUGGUCGUACAGACAACGAUGGAUGGUAA